GGAUUUCUUAAACAGCAGUUGAAAAAUGAAUUAAAUGUGGGAUUUGCAACCUAAUGGAUCAUGGCUCCAAAUAUAGUAGGACACUCUCUUUUGUCAAUUUUUUGUGGUUUUCUGUCACUGUUCCAUGUUUACUGUAGCAAUUAUUCUGAUAACUGGAUGACACUUGAUGCUGAUGUCACUCAUCAUAAGACACUGUUUCAUGUCACUGCUACCAUCAAGCAGACAAACAACCCUUCUCAUCCACGGCUGUAUUUUGAUAGUGCAGGUGUUCAAGAAUUAAGGCAAAAGUCCCACACCACUCAUUUACAUUUAUUUAGGGCACUGAAAAAUGCUGCUAGCACCAUGUUGGCUAAUCCAUCUGUGUACCUGCCUCCUCCGAAGCAUUCUGAUUUUGCAGCCAAGUGGAAUGAAAUUUAUGGGAAUAAUCUGCCGCCCUUGGCACUCUACUGCCUUCUUUCUCCAGAUGAUAAAGUUUCAUUUACUUUUUUGGUAGAAUAUAUGGACAGAAUGACAUACUACAAAGAUUGGUUUGUUCAAAAUGCCCCUGCGGAUGAAGUCCCAGUUGCACACUCUUUAACUGGUUUUGCCACUGCAUUUGACUUUUUGUAUCACUCACUGGACCGCAGUAGAAGAAAAAAAUAUUAUAAAAAAAUUGAGACUGUGACCAGUGAAAUGUAUGAAUAUUCCAAAAUUCGUUCUUGGGGUAAACAAUUGAUCCACAAUCACCAAACCACUAACAUGGUUGCAUUGCUCACCGGUGCACUUGUUUUGGAAGAAUAUAAAUCAAACCAGUCAAGCAUCUGGAAGGAAAAUGCUAUUGAUGGGAUGGAAAAGGCAAUGUUUUUGCUAAAUCAUGUGGUAGAUGGUUCUCUUGAUGAAGGAGUUGCAUAUGGGAGCUACACAUCAAAAUCAAUUACGCAGUAUGUUUUCUUAGCACAACGACAUUUUGGUAUUGAUCAUUUAGAGAACAAUUGGCUGAAAAUGCACUUUUGGUUUUAUUAUUCUACUCUGUUGCCUGGUUACCAGAGAACUGUUGGAAUAGCAGAUUCCAAUUACAACUGGUUCUAUGGGCCAGAAAGCCAGUUAGUGUUCCUGGAUACAUUUAUCCUUAAAAAUGGAGCUGGAAAUUGGUUAGCAGGUCAGAUUAGAAAGCACAGGCCAAAAGAUGGACCAAUGGUACCAUCUGCUUCACAGAGGUGGAGCACCCUUCAUACAGAAUACUUGUGGUAUAAUCCUGAUCUACCUUCACAUCCACCAGCAGAUCAUGGUACACCAAGAAUGCAUUUGUUUUCUAACUGGGGAGUUGUAACAUAUGGGGCUGGCUUGCCUCAUUCCCAAACUAACACAUUUUUUUCCUUCAAAUCUGGAAAGCUUGGUGGUCGAGCUGUCUAUGAUAUUGUACAUUUUCAACCAUACUCUUGGAUAGAUGGCUGGAAAAGUUUCAAUCCUGGUCAUGAACAUCCAGAUCAGAAUUCUUUCACAUUUGCUCCCAAUGGACAAGUAUUUGUUUCAGAGGCCCUAUAUGGUCCAAAAUUUAGUCAUCUGAAUAAUGUUUUAGUUUUUGCUCCAUCUCCUACAAGUCAGUGCAAUAACCCAUGGGAAGGACAACUUGGGGAAUGUUCACAUUGGCUGAAAUGGACAACAGGUGCAGCUGGAGAUGCAUCUGGUGAGAUCAUAACUGCAAGUCAGGAAGGGGAGUCUGCUUUCGUAAGCGGUGAAGCAGUGGCUUCCUAUUCGUCUUCCAUGAAAUUAAAAAGUGUUUAUCGUUGCCUUUUACUUUUAAAUCACCAGACUUUGCUUGUACUUGAUCAUAUUGAGAAACACGAAGACUCUCCAAUCUCAUUAGUUAGUGCCUUUUUUCAUAAUUUAGACAUAGAUUUUAAAUACGUUCCCUAUAAAUUUUUGAACAUAUUAAAUGGUGCUAUGAUGGACAUUUGGGAUGCACAUUACAAAAUGUUUUGGUUAGCUGAAAAUGGUAAUAGCCCUGUUGCUAAAAUACAAGAAGCUGAACAGGCAGCGGAGUUUAAAAAGCGCUGGACUCAGUAUGUUAAUGUUACCUUUCCACUGAGCCAAAAAACUUCAAGGAUUGCAUAUUUAUUUCAUGGACCAUAUGUCAAUGUUUCAAGUCUAAGAUUCCUAGACAGUACCAAACAUGGAGUUAAACUCGCUGUAAAAAUAAAUAAUACCGAACAUGUGGUGUCCAUAGUAACAGAUUAUAAUGAUCUCCAAGUCAGAUUUGAAUUUCUGGGCUUUGGGGGUUAUGCAAAAUUAGAAGACCAAAACAAAAUUGUGCAGUUUGGCCUGGGAACUGAGCAUGUAAAGGAAAAUAAACUAACCACCAUGAAUGUAUUUCACUUUGGAUUUAGGAUCAAUUUGAUCAUGGGUUUAAUGUUAUGUGUAGGCUUGGGGAUUUUAGCAUUUCAUUGGAGAAUCUAUGUUUCCUUUGGUAAGCUGAUGCGUUGGAUUUUCUUUCUAAUCAUGACCCUGUGGUUUUUUGAAUUAGUAGAUAUGUGGACAACAUGCACUCAGCCUAUUUGUCCAAAGUGGAACAGUGAAGCUACAGAUGCAGAAAGCAUUAAGAUAUUGGAAACAUAUUCUAAUUUGCCUACUGUAGUGAUAACAUCUCUACCGGGUUCAGGAGCUGAAAUUUUAAAAGUACUCUUUUUUAACAGUUCAGAUUUUGUUUACAUCAAGGUCCCUACAGCUUACAUUGACAUUCCUGAAGCACAGUUCAAAAUCGAUUCCUUUCUUGAUGCUUGUGAAUGGACUGGCUCCGAUGUACAGGAUGGACAUUUUCAGCUAAUUCAAGGCUGGCUUCAGUCUCUACUUCAAUACACACAGCUCCAUUUACACAACAUUGAUUUACAGGAGGUCAAUAGGCUCAAACUUUUUCAUCACCCCUCAACUAGCAAAGAUGAAAGAAGAUUUAAAAGAAGAGAUACUUUCUCUGAGCAAAAAACUAGACUAAAAGAAAUGUAUGAUAGAGAUGCAGACUAUGUUAGACAAUUACGCAAUCAUGUAUCAUUAUUUCCAAAGGCUCAGCCCGUGGUUAGCCUAAGUAGUGGAAGUUGGACUUUAAAGCUUCCAUUUAUUCAUAAGAUUGUUGGAUCUCAGCUAAGGGCAUUAUUUAUUGUUCGGGACCCACGAGCAUGGGUUUAUUCUAUGUUAUAUAAAAGUAAUCCCAGUCUUUACUUAUUAAAAAAUGUUCCACAACAUUUAUCAGCAAUGUUCCAGAAGGAAGAAAAGCAGAAAUGUAGCUCGAAUUCUGGCUAUGCAUAUGAAUAUGAGUCCUUAAAAGAAGAACUGUCUAAUUCCAAGUCAAAUGACAUCUCAAAACUGUCUCAUCUAUGGUUAGCAAGUACAGCAGCAGCAGUUAGGAUAAACAGUGAUUUGCCCUCAAAAAAUUAUCUUUUGAUUACAUUUGAAGAUAUUGUUAACUUACCACAACAGACUGCUGAAAGAAUAUAUACCUUCUUUGGCAUUCCACUUUCACCUGCAAGUUUAAACCAAAUCAUUUUUGCCAGUUCCACCAACCUAUUCUACCUUCCCCAUGAGGGAGAGAUUUCACCUGCUAGUAUAAACAUGUGGAAACAUAACAUGCUGGAGGAAGACAUCAAAGUGAUUGAGGACAUAUGCCGGACACAAAUGGAUAAGCUUGGAUAUGAAAGAUUUAAGGGUUGAAAGGUUUAUUGCAAAACCACUGUAUUACAGGCUGAGCCAAAAAUCAUCAUUGUGAAUGAGGAUUUUCUGAGCUGUAGCCCCUAUGUGCUGCAGGUCAGCAGUCAUUUGCACUAACACAAUAUGCUUUAUGAAUUACAAUCAGAAUAAAAUAUUCUUUAUUCUUGUAAAUUGUAUUUAGAUUUUUUUUAAUAGAUUUUAUGCAUAGUCAUUUAUAAAAGCUGUAAAGCAAUUUAAUGUUAUAUAAGUGACAUAUUCUUCUAGU